CAUAUGUUGAUAAAUUUUUGCUUGAAGUUUCUGCCACCUCAAUUAUAAAUCCAUCUAUUUACGUAGGCGGUAGAAAAAUAUGGCUGAUGAAGCGGAGGCUGCUCCGGCAGCUGAAGGAGGCGAUGCCGGAGAAGAUGCAGAAAAGGCAGAAGACGUGGCUGAGACGAAAGCAAAGCUUGAUGAAGCAGUUAGCAGAAUGCGGCCACAGUCAAGGUCGACCAUGUAUAUGGAGGGCGUAGAUCAGGAGCUUGUUGAAGUAGACAGGACAGCGUUGGAGGCCAUACUGGACGCCGGGGCACGCUUGAAAGAUAUUCAGAAGAAGAGUAGAGUGUCCAUGAGUACGUUGGCUUUGGGCCAAGAGUCUUAUAAAGACAAGCAAGCAAAAGCCAAAGAAGCUCGUAAUAAUCGUAUGGGAGGUUUGAAAACCCAGCAUCGUUUUUUGUUAGAAAAUGCUGCAUCUAUUUUGAAUAGAACACCUGAAUACGUAUUGGAAGGAGUUUACGACGCUGAUGUUCACAUCGACCUGCUAGACAGUGCGGUAGCUGAAGGGGGCCGAAACUGCAUUGUACUUUGUGAUGCUUUAUUGCCACCAUUGAAAAUGGAAUCUGGGAGAUUUGUACCAAACCAGAAGUCUAGAAUGGAAAGAACAUACAUUUCUGACGGGUCGACUAUAGGAACGGAGGGUGCGUGCGUUGCAAUGUAUAGGAUUAAAAAUAAAAUGAUUGAUACUAAAAAUGUUGCUGAUGAUUAUUACUUGGUAUUUUUUGACAUGAAUCAAGAAACCGAGAACGUCGUAUCAGGGAUAUACAAAACUAUAAGUCGAGUAUACAUCCCGGCGUUACAAGUGUGCAAAGCAUGGGGCGAUAUCAACCCACCGAACCCUCGGAGCGCAGACAUCAUAAAGUCUUAUAUUUCGAAGAUAAUGCUUUUUGUCGAUUAUUUGGAAAAAACAAAAAUAGAUCUCGACUGCUGCACGAAGUUUAAAAUUAAUUUAACGCUAUACGAGGACGAGUUGAUAGAUGAAGAUAAAAUGAAGGCCGCUAUAACGAAGACUCACGUUCUAGAAGAAAUAUGUACGUACGUCAAGCAAUGGAUGAGACAAAUUACUAUGGUCUUGGUGCAAAGUCAGCAGCUGCGCCGCGAGCCAUCUCACAUAGGCCCUCUAGCCGAGCUGGAUCACUGGAGAAGACAGCUCACGACAUUCACCUCCAUUAUAGAACACAUCAAAAGCGAUCCUUGUUACAUGUACAUUCACACGUUGAUUCGUGCGAAGUCGAAGCUGAUAAAGAAAUGGAGACUUUUGGACAAUCAAGUGACUGAUUAUUAUAAUGAAGCUUAUGAUAACGUUAAAUAUUUAUACGCUUUGGAGAAAUAUUGUGAGCCCUUGUAUAGAUGCGAUCCUUUGACAAUGCAACAAUAUAUACCUGGUCUCCUGUACACUAUUCGAAUGAUUUAUGCUACUUCUCGAUACUACAACACUACAAAACAGAUAUCAACGUUGCUAGUAAAAGUAACCAACCAGAUUUUGAAUAUGUGUAUGGAUUACUUGACAAAUGGUGGCAAGAAGACAAUAUGGAAUCAGGACAAAUGGAAUUUCAUAAAGAAAGCCAAAAUGUGUCUAGGAUUGUAUAGUUUUUACCGGGAAUGUUACACUGAAACCCAAAAAGAAAUGAUGGAGGCGGCAGAUGAAAGACCUUUUGAUUGCUCUGAAAUGUACAUAUUUGGAAAAUUUGAAACAUUUAAGCGAAGAUUGUUGAAGAUAACAGAUUUGUUUCAAACUUAUAUUACAUACUACGUUUUGAAUAAAACUACUUUAGAGGGUAUCGAAGAGUAUGCUGCAAAUUUUAACAAGUUAUUCAAAACUAUAUCCACGAAGACGUAUGAUGCUUUAGAUCACAGGCGUCCAGAUUUCGAUAAGGAUUACAAACAGUAUAAAGAUAAUGUAGCAACUCAAGAACUGCUGUUGGAGAACUUCAUGAUUGCUAGCGUCAAUAAAUGUCCCACAACUGAAAUCGCAUUACACCUGCUCAAACGAUUUGAAACACUCAAGCUAGACUGUUUGUACUUAGAAGAUCAAUACUAUGACUUAAUUAGUAUGUACACAUCGGAAAUUGAAGCGUUACGUGAUAGAUAUAACGAAGAAAGAGAAAAUCCGGAGCUACCUAGGAACAUGCCCCCAGUAGCAGGCAGAGUUCUAUGGAUAAGAUUUUAUGAUCAAAAUAUAAAAGCGCCUAUGCAAGAGUUUAUCCAACAUCACGAAGUAAUUACGCACAUGAACACCCAGCGUUGUAUAAAAUUGUACAAUGUGAUGACCAUCGUGUUUACCGAGUUUGAGUUAAUUUAUCACAGAGCUUGGGAAGAAAAUGUCGGUCAGGUGCGGUUGGGAUUAAUAGCACCACUUCUUAUUAGGCAUCCAGUGACCAAUAUGUACAUCGUAAACUUUAGCGUCUACAUUCCUGAGUGUAUAAGGGAGGUGGAGUACAUGUGGCAGCUGGGUUUAAGUGUACCAGACGGCGCCCAAAUAGUAGCAUUUUGUAAGGAAAAAAUUUUGGGUAGUUUCGAGAGAAUCAAGUAUUUAGUUGACAGGAAUAACACAAUACGAAAGAGUAUGCCAAAACUCUAUUUACCAUUGCUUCGGGCUCAACUAAUAAAACUGGAGAAGGCUUUCCAGCCUGGUUUAUCUACAAUAACUUGGACUUCGUUAGAAAUACCAGCGUAUUGUGACAGGAUAGAAUUUAUUUUGGAUGAGGUGGAUUUAUUCGUAAAAGAGGUCGUAGAUAUGAAAGAAGCUCGAAUUGAUGCUAUUUUAUUAUCAAUAACUAAGACGAUGCUUGUGUACUUGCCGGAGCAAGCAGUUGAUCCUACUGUUUUUUACGAAGAAAAUUUGGUAAGGCGAGAUGAAAUAGCUGCGGAUUUACAGCAGAAGUCUUGGAAUGCUGAAAUCGCCGUCAUUGAAUUGAUAAAUAAAUUUCUGGACAGUGUUCCAUCGAAACAAAUUAAGGACUUGCAAGACAAUUGGCUGGACAUAGAAAAAGCUUUAAAACCAGUCACCUCAGCAACCAGAGUGUUCCCAGAAGACGCAGCAUUUUUGGAGAUUGAGAAUCCCGACAGAUUUGAAAUAACCCCAACUAUAAACGAAUGCAAUGAAUUGUUCGCAUACUUCGCUACUAAAUGUUUGGAGGCACUCAUCAAAUGUACCAGACAAAGUUUGGAUAUGUUAAGAAGGAGAGCUUCAGUAUCCAGCUUUUUGACGAUGACGAUAGAUCCAGAAGAGCAGAAAAAGUUAAAGCCACUUAUGCUGACCAUGAUGCAGUUGAUGAUACCACGAAUUCUGAUUAAACCUACACUGGAAGAAAUCCAAACUUCAUUCUCACAGGUGGUUUUGAACUGCAUAAUGGAUUUGCAUCGUAAUGUAUUUAUGUGGGGUCAACAAGAACAAUUAAAGAGAGAACAAAUGCAAGGUCAUUCACUAACUGCUACUGCUAGCAUGAGUGGUUCGAAGUCAGGCUCUGGCAUGAUGGGCAUAAGAAGUUAUUUUCGUAUGGUAUCCGAACAUAAGGAUAUUGUACGAUCGGUGAUGGCUUUGCAAGGAAUGAUGUAUAUGUAUAAACCGGACAUAGAAAAGCUGUUGAAGGCUUAUGGAAGAUUUGCUCCUCUAUGGGCUGAAGAUAGAGUGAAGCAAGUACAAGAUUUUGUAGACUCUAAUCCACUGAACGUUAUUAUAAGUGAUAUGUUGAAGAAGUACGAGGGACAAACAGAGGAGGUCCUCAACUUGCCAGAAAGACAUAUAAUUGGUUCUAUUCAAAUAAAUAUGGAAAAAAUUAAGUUGGCGUUGCACUUGGAGUCGAUAGAGUGGAAACGAAUCCUUGGAAAGUUAUUGAGCAACGCAUAUAAAGAACGAGUAUUAAAAAUGAUGCAGUUUAUCAAUGAUCGCAUGAAGACCAUGGGCAAGAAAAUCAAAGAUUUGGAUGAUGUCAGAGUUGCCAUGCUGUGUCUGGCUUUGAUUCGUGAAGAGUUUAUAGGAAUGGACAUGGAAUUAGAUUUGAUUGAAGAAAGUUAUGCAACCUUCGCUCAAUUUCACAUCGACAUACCAAAAGAAGAUGCAGAUAUAGUGUAUGGGUUACGAUAUGCAUUCACAAAUAUGCUAACGACGUCUCAACAAGUACAACAGAGGAUUGUAGAAAUGCAAGGUCCUCUCCAAAAAGAGUUGACUGAAGGCGUUUCUACCUUCAUGGAAGAUGUUUUGAAAUUUGACGCGGAUUAUGAUGCAUUUGGACCAAUGAGCCCAGGGCUGAGCGCUAGAGAAGCUAGUGACAGAGUCAUAAUGUUCCAGUCAAGGUUUGAUGAUUUAUGGAGAAGAUUUGAAAUGUAUUCCAAUGGUGAAACUUUAUUCGGAAUGGAAGUAAAAGACUACCCGAUUCUACACCAAAAGAAGAAAGAAUUCAAUCUAUUGAGCAAACUGUACAGUUUAUAUCUAGCAGUAAUGAACUCGAUCGAUGGCUAUUUUGAAACGCCGUGGGUGGAAAUUGACAUCGAACAAAUCAUCGCACAAUUAGCUGAAUUUGAUUUAAGGUGUCGUAAGCUGCCAAGAGGUAUGAAGGAUUGGCCAGCUUUUAUAGAACUGAAGAAUAAAAUUGAUGACUUCAACGAAACCUGUCCAUUAUUAGAGCUAAUGGCAGAUAAGUCUAUGAAAGAUCGCCACUGGAGAAGGCUGGAAAAGUUGAUGAAUUGUGUGUUGGACGUAGAAUCUGAUUCCUUCACUUUAGCCAAUGUUAUGGAAGCUCCAUUGUUGAAGAACAAGGAAGAUGUUGAGGAUAUUUGCAUAAGUGCCGUCAAAGAGAAAGAUAUCGAAGCGAAACUCAAACAGAUUAUUGCUGACUGGGCAGUGAUAGAUCUUACGUUUGCACCAUUUAAGAACCGUGGCGAGUUGUUGAUAAAAGCUCAAGAUACACUGGAUAUUAUCACGUUACUGGAAGACUCUUUGAUGGUCCUUAACUCUUUAGCUUCCAAUAGGUACAAUGCUCCGUUUAAAAAAGAUAUUUUACUUUGGAUCAACAAAUUGGUGAGCACUAGUGAAAUUCUGGAGAAGUGGCUUCAAGUCCAGAAUUUGUGGAUGUAUCUGGAAGCCGUAUUCGUUGGUGGAGACAUUGCUAAGCAACUGCCAGCUGAAGCAAAGAGGUUUGGGACCAUCGAUAAAACCUACGUGAAAAUCAUGUAUCGUGCGCGUGACAUAGUUAAUUGUGUAGAAACUUGCACAUCAGAUGAUACGUUAAAACAGUUACUGCCUCAUUUAUAUGAACAGCUAGAAGCUUGCCAGAAGUCGCUCACUGGUUACUUGGAAACUAAACGACUUAUUUUCCCAAGGUUCUUCUUUGUAUCAGAUCCAGUAUUGUUGGAAAUUUUGGGUCAAGCCUCGGAUCCCCAUUCUAUUCAGCCACAUCUACCAAGUAUCUUCGAUGCAAUGUAUACAGUCGAUUUCGAUGACAAAGAGAGGAUAAUAAAUAUGAACUCUGACAAUGGAGAAACAAUACCACUUGACAGACCAGUCGCAUGUAUUGGAGGUGUGGAGAUUUGGUUAAACACAUUGCUGGAUACAAUGAAAGAUACAGUGAGAAACAUGAUAGCAAAUAUAUCACAAACAAUGGCUGGCGAUCCUGAAUUUGAGUUUUUAGUUGGUUUUUGGAACUUCCCUGGCCAGGCUGGUCUGCUUGGUAUGCAAAUUCUGUGGACAUCUGAUGCCGAAUAUGCUUUGAAAAAGGCGAAGGUAGAUCGUUUCAUUAUGAGACUGACCAACCAGAAGAAUCUGGACCUACUGAACGGGUUGAUUGAUCAAACAGUGACUGAUUUAACUCCAUUGGCUAGAACAAGAGUAGAGACGAUGAUCACUAUCCAUGUACAUCAAAGAGAUAUUUUUGAUGACUUGGUGCGCAUGAGAAUAAAGUCUCCAAUCGAUUUUGAAUGGCAGAAGCAAGCCCGAUUUUACUACUUUGAAGAUUCAGACGAUUGUAUUGUGUCUAUUACUGAUGUCGAUUUCUUGUAUCAGAAUGAAUAUCUUGGUAUUACCGAGCGUCUAGUAAUCACGCCGCUGACUGAUCGGUGCUAUAUUACGUUAUCACAAGCCAUCGGUAUGAGCAUGGGGGGCGCCCCAGCAGGUCCAGCCGGAACUGGGAAGACGGAAACUACCAAGGAUAUGGGUCGGACCCUCGGAAAACUCGUUAUUGUGUUCAAUUGUUCAGAUCAAAUGGAUUUCAGAGGUCUUGGCCGUAUUUACAAAGGUCUUGCACAAUCAGGAACUUGGGGAUGCUUUGACGAAUUCAACCGAAUUGAACUUCCUGUACUAUCGGUGGCAGCACAACAAAUCUAUAUUUGUCUGACAGCUAGACGAGAAAAGAGAGAUUUCUUUAUAUUUAGCGAUGGCGACACCGUUAGUCUAAACCCUGAAUUCGCUUUUAUUAUCACCAUGAAUCCUGGAUACGCAGGACGCCAGGAAUUGCCAGAAAACUUAAAGAUUCAGUUCCGCUCCGUAGCCAUGAUGGUACCUGACAGACAGAUCAUUAUUCGAGUAAAACUGGCCAGUUGUGGCUUCAAGGAGAAUAUUCUGCUAGCACGUAAAUUCUUUACGUUAUACAAAUUAUGCGAGGAACAGUUAUCGAAACAAGUGCAUUAUGACUUCGGGUUGAGAAACAUUUUGUCUGUGUUGAGAACUAUGGGUGCCCAGAAGAGAGCCAAUCCGGAUAGCACAGAGGAGAACAUCAUGAUGAGAGUACUGAAGGAAAUGAAUGUGUCCAAAUUAGUGGAUGAAGAUGAACCAUUGUUUGUGUCUUUGAUUGAAGACCUGUUCCCUGGUAUGAAGCUUAGUCAGACUGUACACAGAGAAAUGCAGCGUGCUAUCACUUUGUGUACUGAAAGAGCGGGUCUUAUCAAUCAUCCCGACUGGAAUUUGAAAAUUAUUCAGCUAUUCGAGACAUCUCUUGUACGACAUGGCCUGAUGACCAUGGGACCUACUGGUUCAGGAAAAACAACCUGCAUUCAUACUUUGAUGUCUGCACUCACUGAAGUGGGUAAGCCACAUAAGGAGAUGAGAAUGAAUCCUAAAGCUAUAACAGCUCCUCAAAUGUUUGGUCGAUUGGAUGUCGCUACUAAUGACUGGACAGACGGGAUAUUCUCUACUUUGUGGCGACGAGCGCUCAAAGUGAAAAAAUCGGACACAACAUGGAUUGUACUCGAUGGUCCCGUAGAUGCUGUAUGGAUUGAGAAUUUAAAUUCUGUGCUUGAUGAUAAUAAAACUUUGACUUUGGCUAAUGGUGAUCGCAUCACGAUGGCGCAGAACAGUAAGCUGGUUUUCGAGCCAGAUAACGUAGAUAAUGCUUCACCUGCUACGGUCAGUCGGAUGGGAAUGGUGUUUUUGUCAUCUUCUGUUCUUAAAUGGCAGCCUAUUCUUGAGGGUUGGUUGAAGAAACGUGGUCCCAAAGAGGCUGACUCUAUUCGUAACGCCUUCAACAAAGUGUACAACGAUGUACAUACAUUUGUCCAACAAAGAUUACCAGCAAAGAUGAAGUUGCUUGAAGCUAUUUAUGUCAGGCAAGCGGUGGACGUCUUAACUGGUCUCUUGCAAAUCGAAAUCCCAGGUGGAAAAAUGCAUACUGACCGUCAUCUAGAGCGCCUGUUUAUAUUCUCUAUGAUGUGGUCACUGGGGGCGGUGUUGGAAUUGGAUGCACGCACGCGUAUGGCUGAGUAUAUGACCAAGUUGCCAGUAAAGAUGGACUGGCCUGGCGCAAAGUCUAAAGAGUGGGUGAUGCCUUUUGAAUACAUGGUAAAUGAGACAGGCGUAUGGCAGCAUUGGUCUGAAAGUGUUGAAGAUUUUAUUUAUCCCGAAGAUAGUGUACCAGAGUACGCAUCGAUAUUGGUACCGAAUGUCGAUAACGUCUGUAUAUCAUUCCUUAUUGAUACUAUUGCAAAACAAAAUAAGGCAGUGCUGUUGAUAGGUGAGCAGGGAACAGCUAAGACUGUUAUGUUGAAGAGUUAUAUGAUGAAGUAUGAUAACGAAGUUAAGCUGUACAAGAUGAUUAACUUUUCUUCGGCUACAACACCAAACAUGUUCCAGCGCAUUAUCGAGUCAUAUGUAGAAAAACGAGUUGGCAUGACGUACGGACCGCCAGGUGGAAGAUCAAUGACUGUGUUUGUGGACGAUAUAAACAUGCCAGUUGUCAAUGCAUGGGGUGAUCAGGUUACUAAUGAAAUAGUGCGGCAAAUGAUGGAAUGUGGCGGCUUUUACUCUUUGGAGAAGCCAGGAGACUUUACCACUGUCGCAGACAUACAAAUGUUUGGUGCAAUGAUUCAUCCAGGUGGUGGUCGAAAUGACAUUCCUCCUCGAUUGAAACGGCAAUUUAAUAUAUUCAACUGCACUUUACCCAGCAACGUGUCAAUGGACAGGAUUUUUGAAACUAUUAGCGCAGGAUAUUUCUGCAAGACUCGUUUCGAUAAAAAAAUUGUAGACUUUAUGCCGAGGCUUGUACCUGUUACUAGAAUUAUCUGGCAGCAAACUAAAGUUAAAAUGCUUCCCACUCCUGCGAAAUUUCAUUAUGUAUUCAAUCUUCGUGAUUUAUCUCGCAUUUGGGAAGGAAUACUAUUUAUAAAGAAAGAAGAAUUGCAAUCUGUGAACACUGCUCUCAAGUUGUGGUUCCAUGAAUGCCUGAGAGUUAUUUCUGAUAGAUUCACAACAUUUGAUGACAAACACUGGUUCGUAGCAAACUUUUGGAAGACAGCAAUGGCAGAGAUGCCAGACGUAGCUAGUGAGUUCCCGGAAGGAGAAACCUUCUUUGUGAAUUUCCUUAGAGAGCCUGUUGAUCCAACGGGUGAUGAGGAUGAGGACUUCAGCACUGAUGCACCGAAGAUAUACGAAGAGUUACCUUCAUGGGACUUUGUACUUAAAAAGCUUGGACAAUUUCAAGAACAGUUCAAUGAACAGAUUAGAGGAGCACAUUUGGAUUUGGUAUUUUUCCAUGAUGCUAUGGUUCAUUUAUUUAUCAUAUCGCGCAUUAUUAACACACCACGUGGAAAUGCUCUAUUGGUCGGAGUCGGUGGUUCAGGGAAACAAAGCUUGACAAAGCUGGCAUCUUAUAUAGCGAACUUUUCAUUUUAUCAAAUAACAUUGACACGAUCUUACAAUGUGAGUAACUUUAUGGACGAUAUAAAAAUCUUAUACAGAAUAGCUGGUCUACAAGGGCAGGGUAUAAGUUUCAUAUUUACUGAUAACGAUAUUAAAGAUGAACAGUUUCUUGAGUUUCUCAAUAACAUACUCAGCUCAGGGGAAAUUGCCAACUUGUUCCCUAAAGACGAAAUGGAUGAAAUAUUGAAUGAGUUGACGCCAAUAAUGAAGAAGUACGCACCAAAGAGAAUUCCAGUUCCAGAUAUUUUGUACGAGUAUUUUAUUAUAAGAUCAAGAUCCAACUUACAUGUGGUAUUAUGUUUCUCUCCUGUUGGUGAGAAAUUCCGUAGCAGAGCACUAAAAUUCCCUGGACUAAUUUCCGGGUCUACGAUGGAUUGGUUCCAAAAAUGGCCAAAAGAAGCGCUUAUUGAAGUAGCUCACCACUUUUUAUGGGAUUUUCAUGUUGUUUGUUCUCCUGAGACUAAAAUACAAUUGAUUGAAAUAAUGGGCAUGGUGCAAGAUAAUGUCGCAGAUACUUGUACAAUGUAUUAUGACAGGUUUAGGAGACAAACUCAUGUCACUCCGAAGUCGUAUUUGUCAUUCUUGGAAGGUUAUAAAGUACUUUACAAGGAGAAACAUCUUAACAUAGCAGAAAUGGCUAGAAGAAUGACUACCGGCCUCGAUAAAUUGGUAGAAGCCGCAGCUAGUGUUGAUAUAUUGAAAAAAGAAUUGGAGCUAAAGGAGCAAGAAAUAAAAGUAGCUACUGAGAAAGCAGAGGAGGUGUUAGCAGCAGUGGCCGAGUCGGCAGCAGCAGCCGAGGUUGUAAAGGCUGAGGUGUUGGAAGUAAAAGACCGUGCUGUGAAGCUCGUCGCUGUCAUUGCAGCGGAGACUGCUAUUGCUGAAGAGAAAUUGGCGGCAGCAAAACCAGCCUUGGAUGCAGCUGAGGCGGCCCUACUGACUAUCAACGCUGCUGAUAUUGCAACGGUGAGGAAAUUGGGAAAGCCGCCGUAUCUUAUUACCCUUAUUAUGGACGCUGUAAUCCUACUGUUCAGAAAACGUAUUGAUUCCAUCAAGCCUGACCCAGAAAAGCAAUUCUUAAUGGCAUCGUGGGCGGAAUCAUUAAAGGUUAUGGCUGAUUCAAGGUUUUUGAAUAAUUUGAAGUUUUAUCCAAAGGAUGAGAUAAAUGCGGAAAUGGUUGACCUAUUGCAACCUUACUUUAGUUUCCCUCAAUAUACAUUUGAAGCCGCAAAAGUGGCGUGUGGUAAUGUGGCCGGUUUGAUCUCGUGGACUAUUGCCAUGGCUCAAUUUUACUCUGUAAAUAAGGACGUUUUGCCCCUCAAAGCCAAUCUGGCUAUAAUGCAGGGCAAAUACCAGGCUGCUAAGAAAGAAUUGGAGUCGGCUGAGGCAGCUUUGCAAGCCAAAGAGGCAGAAUUAGCAGAAGUGCAGAAAACGUUUGAGGAGGCAAUGUCUCUGAAGCAGGCAGUUUUAGACGACGCGGCCAAAUGUCAGCAGAAGAUGGACGCCGCCACGGCCCUGAUAAACGGCCUCAGCGGGGAGAGAGUGCGAUGGACGGAACAAUCAGCGCUCUUCAAGUCUGAGAUUGAGCGGCUUGUAGGAGAUAUACUGUUACUCACUGGAUUUUUAUCAUACUCCGGACCUUUCAAUCAAGAGUUUCGUACUUUAUUGACCACGAGUUGGCUUAAUGAGUUAUUGAGGAGGAAAAUACCAGUGUCAAUGAAUUUAAACAUAACAGAUCAGUUGACGGACACUGCAACGAUCGGUGAAUGGAAUCUAUGUGGACUGCCUACGGACGAUUUGUCAAUUCAAAACGGCAUAAUUGUUACCAAGGCGGCAAGAUUUCCAUUACUUAUCGAUCCACAAACACAGGGAAAAAUCUGGAUAAAGAACAUGGAGAAAUUUAAUGACCUCAUUGUCACUACGCUGAAUCACAAAUAUUUUAGGAAUCACAUCGAAGACUGUGUGUCUCUUGGUCGACCAUUGUUGAUUGAAGACGUGGGUGAAGAAUUUGACCCAGCCCUUGAUAAUAUUUUAGAGAGAAACUACAUAAAAAUUGGUUCUAGUUAUAAGGUAAAAUUGGGCGACAAAGAAAUCGACGUUACUGCCGGUCAUAAAAUUUACAUAACAACAAAACUACCCAACCCUGCUUAUACGCCUGAGAUAUCCGCUAGAACAUCUAUUAUAGACUUUACUGUAACCAUGCAAGGUUUGGAAGAUCAGUUGUUAGGGCGUGUGAUUUUGACUGAGAAAGCAGAGAUGGAGGCUGAACGCACACAACUUAUAAAGGACGUAACGGCUAAUAGGCGAAAGAUGCAGGAACUUGAAGCUAAUUUGCUACAUAAACUGACCACCAUACAGGGGUCAUUGGUAGAGGACGUUUCUUUGAUCCAAGUGCUAAAUAUUACGAAAUCUACCGCAACAGAGGUGAAAGAAAAAUUGGACGUAGCCAAAGAAACGGAAAUCAAAAUCAAUUUGGCCCGAGAAGAGUUCCGGCCAGUCGCAACACGAGGCUCUGUGUUAUAUUUCCUCAUUUGUAAUAUGUCGUUAGUUUGCAAUAUGUAUCAGACUUCUUUGGCUCAAUUCUUGGAGAGAUUCGACAUUUCUAUGGACAAGUCACCACAGAGCCCGAUCACCACAAGAAGAAUUGGAUUCAUUAUCGAAUACUUGACUUAUGACGUUUUCAAGUUCAUAAGCAGAGGAUUUUAUGAGAAACACAAAUAUUUGUUUACGCUGCUGCUAACUCUGAAGAUUGAUUUACAAAAAGAAUACAUUACAUACGAAGAGUUUCAAAUAUUUAUUAAAGGUGGUGCUGCACUUGAUCUGAAUGCAUGUCCUCCGAAACCAUUUAAGUGGGUAACUGACAUGACUUGGCUAAAUUUGGUGCAGUUGUCAGAACUGAGACAGUUUACCAAUAUUCUGAAUCAAGUCUCUAAUAAUGAAAAAGGCUGGAAAAGCUGGUUUGAUAAAGAGGCGCCUGAAGACGAACCUUUGCCAGAUGGGUAUCAUUCAAUGGACGUCUUUAGAAAGCUAUUGGUGGUUCGCGCUUGGUGUCCAGACAGAACAUUGGCACAGAGUUUAAAAUAUGUUAUUGGAUCAAUGGGUGCAAGAUUUUCAGAAGCAGUAAUUGUUAACUACGAGCAAAUGGUUUUAGAGUCGCGUCCGCUGGUACCACUUAUCGGCUUUUUGGCUAUGGGUUCCGAUCCAACUCCAUCGAUCGAAGUAACGGCGAAACGGCUGGAGUGCCUGUGUUCCUCUAUAUCUAUGGGUCAAGGGCAGGAAAUUCACGCCAGAAAACUUAUUGACCGAGCUUUAAAGGAGGGUCUUUGGGUCUUACUUCAAAAUUGUCACUUGGGAUUAGAAUACAUGGUGGAAAUCAUGGAACAGUUCGCAGAACUAGAAAAAGAACCAGAAAAGGUUCACGAAACGUUUAGGUUAUGGAUUACUACAGAGGUUCAUGAGAAAUUCCCCAUUACUUUGCUACAGAUGUCUAUCAAAUAUACUUGUGAGCCGCCUUCUGGAAUUAAAGCAGGUUUGAUGAGGACCUAUGAUUCCAUGAGUCAGGACUUCCUGGAUUAUAGCGACAGCCCAUUCUACCUUCCAAUGAUUUACACUGUAUCUUUCCUACAUACUGUUGUGCAAGAGAGACGAAAGUUUGGUCCUCUAGGAUGGAAUAUUCCAUAUGAAUUUAACUCUGCUGACUGGUUGGCGUCGUGCAUGUUCGUGCAAAAUCAUUUGGAUCAACUGGAACCUGGUCAGGGUGUGAGUUGGACAACUGUUCGCUACAUGGUAUCUGCGGUGCAAUAUGGCGGAAGGGUAACAGAUGACUACGAUACUCGGCUGCUGGUGACAUUCUGUCGCGUAUGGUUCUCAGAUCAGUUGUUUACCGAAGAAUUCCAGUUUUAUAAGGGCUACGGAAUUAUGAAGUUCAAGAAUAUACCAGAGUAUGUUGAAGAGAUUGAUAAGAUGAAAACAGUUGACCCGCCUCAGGCUUAUGGAUUACACACUAAUGCAGACAUAACGUAUCAGCGUAAUAAAACUCAAGAUUUGUUGGACACAAUCUUGUCAAUUCAGCCGAAAGAGUCUGGUGGUGGUGGUGGUGAAUCGCGAGAAGCAUCAGUAUACCGCCAAUCCCGAGAGAUGCUUGACAAAGUACCGCCAAACUUUGAUCCCCAUGAGGUGAAAGAGAGAUUGAGGGUCUAUGGUGCUAUAAACCCUAUGGUGAUUUUCCUUCGUCAAGAGCUUGACCGAAUGCAAAAAGUUAUUGGCCUUGUCCGUUCUACUUUAAGAGAUUUACUUCUUGCUAUUGAUGGCACCAUUAUUAUGAAUGAGGCACUUCGUGAUUCAUUGGAUAACAUAUAUGAUGCUAAAGUACCCGGAAUUUGGUUGAGGAGUUCGUGGUCUUCGUCUACUCUAGGAUUUUGGUUCACAGAAUUCUUGGAAAGAAACAUUCAGUUUUCAACGUGGUGUUUCCAAGCUAGGCCUUUCUCAUUUUGGAUGACUGGUUUCUUUAAUCCUCAAGGAUUUUUGACGGCUAUGCGUCAGGAGGUGACGCGAGCGCAUAAAGGCUGGGCAUUGGACAUGGUAUCUUUACAUAAUGAUGUUACAAAGUACACAUUAGAAGAAAUCAAAGCACCCCCUCCGGAGGGAGUUUUCAUUCACGGUGUGUUCCUUGAUGGUGCGGGUUGGGAUCGCAGAAAUUUACGCCUUUGCGAAUCUAUACUAAAAGUCUUGUAUACGCCAUUACCAGUUAUCCACGUAUACGCUAUCAACUCUACAGCUCCUAAGGAUCCCAAGCUUUAUCAGUGCCCGGUAUAUAAGAAACCUUGCCGUACAGGAUUGACCUUCAUUACUCCUUUGUGGCUCCCCACUAUCAAGAACCCUGAUCACUGGAUCCUACGAGGCGUAGCCAUCUUGUGUGAUAUUAAAUAA